CUAAUUUGGAAAUUCCUGAAACCCCACUUUGCGUCUCUGUGAAACAGUGAGAGGGAGAGAGAAUUUGAGGUCUCUGUAUGUGUAUCAGUAUGUAGGUUCAAUUCAAUUCAAACAGUAUUCGAAGCAGAGAGAGAGAGAGAGAGAGAGAUGAGCAGUACGCAGGUGGCGCACUCGCUGGCCUUCAGGGUAAUGAGGCUAUGCAGACCUUCAUUCCACGUGGAAACACCUCUCCGUUUCGACCCCUGCGAUCUGAUCGGCGGCGAAGAUCUCUUCGACGACCCCAUGGCGGCGUCUCACUUCCCUGCGCUCCUCUCGAAGCACUCCCCCAAAUUCAGCGACUCCGAUCUCUCCUACCGCUCCCGAUUCCUCCUCCACGACCCCUCCGACGCCCUCGGCCUCCCCGGCCUCCUCGUCCUCCCCCAAGCCUUCGGUGCCAUAUAUCUGGGAGAGACGUUUUGUAGCUACAUCAGCAUCAACAACAGUUCCACUUUUGAAGCCAGGGAGGUCAUAAUUAAGGCAGAAAUUCAAACGGAAAGGCAGAGAAUAUUGCUUUUGGAUACAUCAAAAUCACCUGUUGAAUCAAUACGUGCAGGAGGCCGUUAUGAUUUUAUUGUGGAACAUGAUGUGAAAGAACUUGGUGCACACACGCUUGUCUGCACUGCAUUGUACAAUGAUGGGGAUGGUGAACGUAAAUAUCUUCCGCAAUUCUUCAAGUUCAUAGUUGCAAACCCACUUUCAGUUAGGACAAAGGUCCGCGCUGUCAAGUUGCAUCCCCUUCCAUAUCAGGAAACUACAUUUUUGGAGGCUUGCAUUGAAAAUCAUACAAAAUCAAAUCUUUAUAUGGACCAAGUUGACUUCGAACCAGCUCAGUAUUGGAGUGCAACAAUUCUUACAGCUGAUGAUCACCAAUCAGAGAAAAGUGAUUCAACAAGAGAGAUAUUCAAGCCACCCGUUCUCAUCAGAUCUGGGGGAGGAAUUCACAAUUAUCUUUUUCAGUUGAGAUCAUCCUCACAGUCUGCUCAAACAAAAGUUGAGGGAAGUAAUAUCCUUGGAAAACUUCAAAUAACAUGGCGUACAAAUUUGGGUGAACCAGGGCGCCUGCAGACGCAGCAGAUUCUUGGCAGUCCCAUCACACGCAAGGAAAUUGAGUUACAGCCAGUGAAGGUACCUUCAGUUAUCAUCUUGGAAAAACCCUUUUUGGUACACUUGACUCUCACAAAUCAGACGGAUAGGAUACUGGGCCCUUUUGAGGUCUGGUUAUCACAAAGUGAUUUAGCUGAUGAGAAAGUUGUUAUGAUCAAUGGCCUUCAGACAUUGGCUUUACCACAGGUGGAAGCAUUGAGCUCUACAAAUUUCCAGCUGAACCUAAUUGCUACAAAACUUGGGGUUCAGAAAGUCACUGGGAUAACAGUGUUUGACACAAGAGAGAAGAGAACAUAUGACUCUUUGUCAGAUUUGGAGAUAUUUGUUGAUUCAGAUUAAUUCAAGUAGUCUGACUUGAUCCACUGCGGAGGCUGAUUUAUUUCCAAUUUUUGAUGAGGAUUGAUCCUUCCAAUGAGCAACAGAUGCCAUAUUGUUGCUUUUUCAUUGAACUUUCAGUCAAACAAAGCAGUUCGGGACCAGAUUCGCUUCAAAUUGUCUCGUGUAAUGUUGUUUUCAUAGAUUGGUGCUAUUGUUAGACUUGCCACUAUGCUUCUGAAGAACAGUCUCUCUGUCCCCAUCAAGGCAAGCUCUUAUGGAGUUCUUUUAUUUUUUUUUGGUGUGUGUGUGUGUAUGUGUUGAAAUUAUUCACUGUUCCAUUAACUUAUAGGAUCAAAUGUAGUUUGUACAUUGAAUGGGGAUAAAUGAUAUUGAUUUUUCCGACUUCCUUCACAGUGCAAGGAAAUCGAUAACUUCCACACAGAAAUUUACAUGUAGUUUUUUUAAAUAUUAUUUAUGCCAAUUUUUGAGAUUCCCUGUUGGAA